AGAGAAAGAAAUUCUCUUUAAACUGUGUUCUUAUGGAAAUGUUUGCUGGUUGUUGUUGUUUAUAAAUGUUGUUUUGUUACUAGCUCACCAAUUGAAUGUUAUUACCUCCUAGCGAACAUAAUUAAAUGACAACCUAUGGAUACGCACCAUGUAAUCCUAAUCUCAAUCAAUUUUUAUGUUUCGCGAACUUGAGAGUGAAUUCCUUUGUUCAAUUUGAUGAAUGCAUAGAUGGAGAAUUUGCCAAUAACAAAGACUAGGAAACCCAAUGCACAAUGGGAUUCAAAUGCCGCAAAAAUUUUAAUGAGAUAUGUGUGGAACAAGUCUUGGCAAAUAACAGACCACAAGGUUGUUUGAACAACAAAGGCUACGCCAACCUUAUUAGCCAAUUCAAUGAACGGACGGGUAGGAAUUACACCCGUGUUCAAAUGAAAAACCGAUGGGAUGCAUUGAAAGCUGAUUUUACCACAUGGAAGACACUACUUCUUAGUGCGUCUGGACUGGGAAGAGACCCGAAGACCGGUACAAUUGCGGCUAGCAAUGAAUGGUGGGAAGAAAAAAUUGAGGCCAUGCCGUUGUGCAAAAAAUUUAGAUUUGCCCCUUUGGAAAAUGAAGAAGAUGUUGAAAUCAUGUUCAGUGGUGCGUCCUGCACCAAUGCAAAUGUUGUGGCUCCAGGUGCAAGAGAGGGGUCAGCAGAUAAUGGUAGUGAGGAUGUCCAAGAGGUGCAUCCAAGUUCUGCUGAAAAACAACCUGCGAAAAGAGGUGCUGCUUAUAAAUCUCCAAAGAAGCCAAAGAAAAAUUUUAGAGAUAUGCAGUUCAAGCGUUUUGUGGACUCAUUUGUGGAGAAAGCUAGUUCAAGCUCUGCAACUUCUGCACCCACUGAUCAUGUUAGGCAAGAGAUAGCAGAAAUGUUGCAAUCAGUCAUUGAAGCUGGGGCAUGUGAAGGAAGUGAUGAACAUUUUUAUGCCACCCAACUCCUGAUCAAAAAGGAAUUUAGAGAUGUGUUUGUCACUCUUAGAACCCCUGAAGGGAAGCUUGGAUGGCUUAAGAGGACUUGGGAGGAGAGGAAGAAACGUUAGAGAUUACUACUGUAUUGUAUUGUACCUUUAAUUUAGUUUAAUUUGUAUUGUACCUUUAAUUUAGUUUAAUUUAGUGUGUUGUAUGCUGAACCAGUUUUUAAUUUCGAAUCUAUUGACAUAUGGUUUUCAGUUAUCUGUACAGAUGGCUUUCACUUCAAGUGAGUCUAAUGAUUCUGAAAUGGCAAGUAAUUCAAGUGAAUCAAGUGGUUGGAUGUAUGAAGCAGCAGCAAUAGCAGCUUAUGCAAUGCUUGAUUCUGGGAUAUCUUCAUCCGAAAAGAAGCCAAGAAAAGUGCCAGAAGAAUCAGGUUAUCAAUUUGUUCAGAGACAACUUAGAAAUGAAGAGAGCUGCUAUACCAUGUUCAGAAUGGGAAGGUUAGUGUUCUAUAACUUGCAUGAGGAAUUAGUUAACAAUUAUGGUUUGACAUCCUCGGAUGAGAUGUGCUCGAUCGAAGCACUUGGUAUGUUCUUAUGGAUGUGCGGUGCACCUCAAUCAGUUCGGCAAGCAAAGCAUAUUUUUAUACAUUCAUUAGAAACUGUGAGUAGGAGGUUCAAUGAUGUCUUAGAAGCUGUGAAUCUUUUGGCUGCCAAAACUAUCAAACCCGUAGAUGAGACCUUUGCUGUGGUGCAUCCGAAAAUCCGAGAGCAUAGAUCCUGGCCUCAUUUCAUAAAUUGCAUAGGUGCAAUAGAUGGAAACACAUAUUGAAGUCAUUGUUCCACCAUCUGAGCAGGCAGUGCAUAUGAAUCGACAUGGUUAUUGCAGUCAGAAUGUUAUGGCUGUUUGUGAUUUUGAUAUGAGGUUCACAUUUGUGGUAGUGGGAUGGCCUGGGUCCGCUCAUGAUACUCGCAUAUGGAGGGAUACUGUGUUCAAUAAAUACAAAAAUAAUUUUCCACAUCCUCCCGACGGGAAGUACUAUCUUGUUGACUCAGGUUACCCAAAUAGAAAGGGCUAUCUAGCAUCUUAUAAAGGUCAAAGGUACCACAUCACAGAAUUUCAAAAUGCUGGCCAACCAAUUGGGUUGAAGGAGUUGUUCAACCAUGCUCACUCAUCGCUUAGAAAUGUUAUUGAGCGUUCAUUUGGGGUGCUCAAAAUGAAAUGGCGCAUUCUUUUAAAAAUGCCGAGCUACCCAAUGGAGAAGCAAUCAAAGAUUAUAAUUGCUUGCAUGGCGUUGCACAACUUUAUUAGAGAUAGCAAUUUGAGUGAUAAUGACUUUGAUACACUUGCAUCUGAUGAGACAUAUGUUGAUGGGGAUACGGGAACUAGUACUAGUAAUGUUGGUGAUGAACAAGAUAUGGGAGAUGUACGAGAUGCUAUUGCGCAAGCAUUGGCUGGAGGAUAUUGAUAAUGUAAUUUGCGCAAAAAAAUGAUGUAAUGACACUCUAUUAUCUAAUUUAUAAUUAUGUUA